AUGUCAGCGGUAAAGGAAUACCCUGAAGGGAUGGAUCCGUACGCGGCGAGGCAACACCUCUUACAUCAUACCUAUUCGCCUUUGAUAUCGAUAGAGUCUUCAGUGAACAGCGACAUUUUAAUACGAUCUAUACUUAAUGUGAAAGAUGUUUCUUUGUUGCAGAUUCUUCAACCGUACGGAAAUAAUGCAAAAUAUGGUAUCCCAAAUCAAUUGUUCAAGAUUGUGAACAGCCAGUUAAUAACAAAGAAUUACCCAAGUUUUCCUGUCCGAUUUGAACCAACACUACCUGAACUUAUUUCUAUUGAUCAGGCUUCGAAUAAUAAGAGCGGCAACCAGUUGAAUCAAUUGUUCAGUAUUAGUUCAUUGGAGUUACUUAUGACAUCCAUUUCACAAAGUGGGCUGAGAGGUAACGAUUUAUAUCUUGACUUUUUCUCCAAAAUAAUAUCUUCAAACAAAAUUGUGCCUUUUGAAACAUUUAAUCAUCCAGUUGCGCAGAUAUUCGUUAUUGACUACGAAAAUGAUUCAAUUGAAGAAUUAAGAAAGCUUAUUGUAAAUUUCAGAAAUUUUCCAUUCCCUAAAUAUUUCCAAAUUGAUGACUUGCUUGUUCAUGCAUUUGUAUUCUUUGAUUCUACUAAGAUAUCACACAGCGAAAUAUCCGAAUUUCAAAUUAAAAUUAAAAAUCAUUUGAAUAUACUUUCAACUGCCUUACCAGUUGACGACCUAAGUAAGGACGAUUUAAUUAACUUGCCCUUGAAUGAAAAUUCGACAAUCGAAGAAGACUUGCAGCGAAUUUCAUUAAAUGAUCAGUUAAACACCAUUAAAAUUCCCACUUCAUUAGACCUGAUUAUUAGAAGUAAAGUGUUUGAAUUCGUAAGCAAAUGUUUAGUACCUCAUAUGCAAGAGAAAACAAGACAAUGGGAUGAUCAGUUUCUACAACCUAGAAGAUCCAUUACGAAUAAGUUUUUUUCUGCGUCGAAAAGGCUAUUCAAUAAUGAUAAUAUUGCUUCCUCUACAUUCGAAUAUCAAGGUAACUAUUACCACAAGUCCUCUCCUGAGCAAAUAAUUAGAAAAUUGGCAGACUGGUCUUUAAUUUUAAAUGAUUUUAAGUAUGCUUAUUCUACUUAUGACUUGAUUAAGAGAGACUUCACUAAUGACAAAGCAUGGGCAUAUGUUGCUUCUACGCAAGAAAUGUGUAUUGUAUCACUCUUAUUAGCUCAAACUCAACAAAUAACAAAUGUGACUGCGCCGGAUAGAGCGACGUUACGGAAAAUAAGGCAUGAUAUUGUGGAGCCAUUUGUUGACAACCUUUCUUAUACUUUCAAAUCAAGACUAAAUUUGAAGACUUAUAGCAUUAAAACGAUACUAAUAAUAGUUGAAUUGUUAUUGAGUAUGAGUUUGACCUUCAACAUAUCUUGGUGGUGGAAUGAUUUGAUCGAAAAAUAUCUUUGUAAAUGUAUUAACGAGUUUGAUACACAUUUGGCGUCAAGAAAUCAAGAUCUGCAAGUUAUCAGAGCUUUGCUUUAUGAAAGAUUGGGGUACUGCAGUGGUAAGUUAGUUUUUCUCACAGAUAAAUAUCGAUAUUUACUUCGAAUUGACUUUCAGGAGGAGAAAAAUGAACCACCUGAUGAUGGGUUUUAUCAUAAUGUUAAGAAACUAAAGGUUCCUGAAAAUAAUAGCAUUCUUGGGCUUACUAGGUUCAGAAAAUCGUCAAUAUGGUAUUUGUUAUCAAUUAAGGAAUGGCUAAUUUUAAAAAAUUACGAGCAAGCUGUAAGGCUCAUUUCUAAUGUGAGGUAUAAUUUCAUAACUUCGCAUCUUACUGAUAAAUGGUACGAUAGAAGCGAUUUAUUGUUAGGUUUCAUUAAGAGAACUAUAGAAGAGCAUGAUUCUCGCAUCACUACAAAAACCAAUUAA